AUGGAUCGAAUUGAGGAUUUUCUAUAUUUCAUCAAUAAAGGAAAGCUAGUGGAACUGAUUGUGAAACAUGACCAUAAAUUAUUUCAUGCGAGCGUGCACUGCACCUGGAGCAAGAUGAGACGACGGUAUUGGAUCAUGGAUGGGCGAACAUAUAUUAAGAAAAUUUUGAGAAGGAUUUGUAAAGGUUACACUAUGUGGGUGGCUACGCCAUUUGAGCAACCAGACUUUCCUCCUCGUCUCGCGGUUAGAGUUGUAGGAACGCGACCGUUUGAGACAAUUGGCGCCCCCUGGCAGGAUGGCGUUUACGAAAGAGUGGUUGGAGUAGUUAGAGGAUCUCUAAAAAAGCCAUCGGUACAAAGCUCCUUAACAACGGAGAUAUCGGGAAAACCGAAGGAAGUACGAAACCUAGAUUUGUCUCCACCGAAUCAGCUACUGCCGUUGGAAGAAUUACGUCAACAAUAUGAAAUCAAAGAAAGAAUAAUCGAAGGAAAACUACGACAUUUCGAAAUACACAUUGGUCAUUUGGAAUCAGUGAAUGCAAAAUGGUUGGAUUGUAUCACGGAAACUCUAAAAAAAUGGAAUUUCGGAGCAGUUUUGAAGCUGCUGUACAUUCUCAAACAAUCCCCCGAUAUACAAAAAUUAAAUUAUCGAUUUUCCUGCUUGAGGGAAGAAGCGUUAAAGGCCAUAAGAAGCUAUGAUAUUGCACCAGAAAAUUAUCAAGUUAUAAGGAAGGUCUUGGUUAAAAAAUUUAGAGAGACUUUUACUAUUAAGAAGUCUCUUUACAACGAACUACAUGCGAUCAAAAGAUGCGAUCGCAAAUGGAAAUCAAUAAUCGAAUCAAUCGAAAGAAUUCUUCGCCAACUAGAAGCUAUCGGCGAAAAUCUCGAACAUUCAAGUAUUGAGACCGUCAUUGAAAGCAAACUACCAGGAUGGGUACUGGAUAAAGUAUAUCAACAAAACGGUGACGACGACACUUGGUCAGUUACAAAAUUUAGACAGUUUCUUAGAAGAUUAGUAAAAAGAAAUGACCAAGUAACUAGAAGUCAAGCCUCAACCAACGGCGAACAACAAUUCGCUAAGUUCAAAUCCAAACGUUUGCAACGAAAUGUCCAAAAAGAAACUACUGCAUUGUAA